GAACGCAUGCUUUUAAACCCUAACAUAAUAAUUUGCUAGAGAGGUGCUUUGCUUGGUGCUUGGCAAGUUGGCAGUUUUUAAAUUUUGACUUGACGGAAGAGAAAUAACCUCAAAAUGAAUUUGUUACCAAAAGCCAAAGCAGAAUUUGGCGAAACUUCUUAUUGGGAGAACUUUUUCAAGAAGCGUGGAUCCAAAGCAUUUGACUGGUACGGAGAGUACCCUGAGCUCUGCAGCUUGAUUAGUAAAUAUAUCAAACCUAAAGAUGACAUCCUUGUUAUCGGCUGCGGCAAUUCAACGCUUAGUGCAAGCAUGUAUGAUGUUGGCUAUAGGAAUAUCACAAACAUUGAUACAAGUUCAGUGGUCAUCAGACAAAUGCGUGACGCCAAUGCGAAAAAGCGGCCCAGCCUAGUUUUCGAGCAGAAAGAUGCGACAAACACUGAAUAUCCUGAUAGCAAAUUUAGUGUAGUUCUUGACAAAGGCACGCUUGAUGCCUUAAUGCCAGAUGACGAAGAGACCACUCUUGAGCUGAUCAACAAACUGUUCAAAGAAAUUGAUCGUGUGCUUCGGGUUGGCGGUCGGUACAUUUGCGUCAGUCUCCUGCAACCACACAUUCUAGCGCAUUUACUGGAACGCUUUCCAGUUCCAUCGCCGGACGGGCUUGGCUGGCCUUUGAGGAUUUGCCACUGUCCAGACGCGAGUGCUACCAACAUCCAAGCUUCUUCAGGUGGUCCCUCCAUGCCGGUUUUCUUUGUAGUCUGCACUAAAUUCAAAAGCAUUCCUGGCAUGAAAUCCAUAACAGAAAUAAGUCUCUCUGAACAGCAUUUGGAUCGCAUCGAUUCAGAAGGAGUGAAAGAACAAGUUGUGUCUCUUCAGCAAGCUUCCCUGGUUGCGUGGAAGUUGCGUACAAAUAAGCAGUUUCCAGGCAGCGGUGAGAACAAAGAGGAUGACUUGAGCAUCAAUCUGCACAAACCAGGUGAAGAGAAACCAAGGUUCACUCUUAAAAGCUUGGACCGAGCUACAUCAAGUAAGGGUGCAGCUCACAAGUUUGUUGCAUUUGUUGUGCCUCAAGGAAGGGAAACCGAGUAUUUAUUCUGCUCACCCGAAGGUCAGAAGCAGCUCAUCAGCAUGACAGGCGCUGAAAGAUUGCUUUUAGUGUUUCUACACAGAGGACAGGUGUAUGAAAGUAUGAAUAGCAUCAGGGAAGAAUUGGCUUCUACCAUUGUGCAAUUCGCGCCGCAAGGAAUCCCUGAAAAUAUUCAAAUUCCCUUCUUGUCUUGUGGCAACGAUAUGGGUCAUCGAGAAAUCAUUUACGAAGGCCACAGUGAGUUUUCUGGCGAUUUUGUCGUGGAGGAUGUUGAGUGCGACGAUGGGGAACAUUUUAGGAAGUUGGUUUUUCUUUCCAAUCAGGGAGUCGUCCAGUCUGAGGCCCUUCUCCGGAGAGCAAAAAAUAAAAAUAAACAGGGAAAUUUGAAUGUUGAUGUCACUUAUCUUGCUUGUGACCACCAUCGUCUGAUGUGCCUGGGACUGGCGCAGUACGAAAAGCCAGACGUGUUAAUUAUUGGACUAGGAGGAGGUGGUCUCUGCUCGUUCAUAGCAAGGUGCUUCUCAGGGUGUCAUUUGACAGCAGUGGAAAUUGAUUCGGCCAUGUUGAUGGUUGCCGAGAGUUACUUUGGUCUUACGCUCGGUGACCAUUUGAAAGUUGAGAUUGGAGACGGUCUGCAGUACAUUAAAAAUGGUGUAGCCUCUGGCCUGAAGUAUGACGCGGUUUUGUUUGACGUCGACAACAAGGACACAAGUAUCGGAAUGAGCUGCCCUCCAAAAGAGUUUGUUACAGAAGACAUGCUAAAAAACGUGAAAAACGUGUUGUCUGAUGAUGGAGUGUUCAUCUUGAACCUAGUUUGCAGAGACCCAACUCUGAAAACUAACACCUUGCAAGAAUUGAUGUCGUGUUUUAAAUCUGUAGCCUCUGUGCCGUUGAAAAACGAAGUAAAUGAUGUUAUAUUUUGCUCCGUAAGCAAAUCCCCAGAAGAGCUUGUGAAGUGGAUAAAAGAUUCUGCUAGAAAAGCAAAUGCACUUGCCAGGAAGUGUAAAGCUAAGGAUCAAUUGUUGAAAAUUGAUGAAUUGAACGAGAGCUUGAGUUUGAUUAAAAUUUAGAUUAAGGAAGUUUUAAUAAACAAACUAAACAGAUCAAA